AUGGAUCCACACUCACAACAUCACUCGAACUCGACUUCUGUUGACUCUAUAGAUUCAUGGAUGUCUAUACGCUCUCCAGGCGAGGAUGGCUCGCCGACGAUGGCUGCGUCACCGACUGCAUUGAACCUGCCAUUUCACGGGAAUCGAGACAUCAUCGACGAGAUUUUCUCCUACCUCUCUGUCGACCAAUAUAUGACCCCUAAAACCUUCGACAUCACCAGUUUCAAUCAAUUUCUCCCUGAAGACGAUCAGGAUAUCCAUAAUCGUAAACAAAAUAGGCGCAAGCUAUGCUCUCUUGCUGUAAUGUGCAAAUCAUUCAUGGUCCCCGCACUCGAUCAGCUGUGGAGGUCGUUGGACAGUUUGUUUCCACUCCUUAAGCUGUUGCCGGCAUUUAAAAUGACCGAUGGAACUUGGGUGUUACGAGGAAAAGUGACGGAGCAAGAAUGGGCACGCUUUAAUUGGUACGCACAACGCGUGCGGCGCUUUACGUACAACAGAGAUCCACCAGAGCUGGAUAUCGCUCUACAUACGUACUUCCGCCUCGCGCAACUACACCCAGAACCACUCUUCCCCAAUCUGCACAUCCUUCAAGCCGACUUCCUGGUCUCGGGCAUUUGCCUCUUCUUCUGCGAUUCCCUACGCGAGCUCACGUUGGAUACCCUGACAGAAGUAGAAGAUAAACUAUGCGGCACGGUGCUGGACUCACUCAGCGAGAUUGGCGCACGGUUGCAGAAGAUUGUGUUGAACGGCAUAGGCUUGUCCAGAGAUACAGUACGGAUGGUUUUGAACUUCGACUCCGUGAGGCAUUUGGAGCUAGAGGGAAUGGGGCAGGCGAUCAAUAUGGAGAUUCUGGAAGGAAUAUGCGCACUUCAGAAUUUGUCGUUUCUCGCGAUUGAUUUCAAGAACUCUAUACUUUUGCUUCCGGAACUCCAGACUCUAAUGGCUAUGGGCGAUACUGGAUUCUGGUUGAGAGGGCUAAGAACACUGACGAUCAGCGGCCCUCUCCAUUUCUCAAUCAUGUUUGUUCGCCGCAUCGCCAGCCAGAACUUGGAAGUACUCAUAUCGUAUACCUACGCCCCAUUGGCCCCUGCCCAUAGUCCUUCGGCUGGAGAGAAACAGGAUUUCAUAGAGAUGGUCGCAGAAAAAUGGAAGAACACGCUUACACAUUUCGAAUUUCAGUUAUUUCCAGCUUUACCUUUGACAGAAGAAAACGACGUACCGACGGAGGAGUUGUCUACAAGCGCUCUUACGCCUCUGCUGUCCCUGAGAGGACUGAAGUACCUGCGCUUCCUAGGCUAUGUGAUGGAAAUAUCGGAUGAAGAAAUUUGCAGAUGUGCGAGGGCAUGGCCAGAGCUGACGGUCUUCAUUCUUCCGUACGGUAUGCCUGGUAGACCAAGACCGACAGUGGCGGCACUGGCUAUGCUUGCGAAGUAUACCCCAAAAUUGAAGUACCUCACCAUUUCGCUUCAAACAACGGGGAGAAGGUUCGAUGCAGGUCCUUUUGCCAACGACCCUGGACUAAGGCACAAUCUGCAUACGCUGACUGUGGUGAACCCGAGUGACGAUGCAUGGGAGCUCACCGAUGCUUUGCAUUUUGCGAGGCAUAUCGACCACUUCUUCCCCAAUUUGGUGUCCUUGGCGUCGUUCCGCACGGUGGACGAGGCGAAAUGGUCGCAAGUGUAUGAUAUAAUUCGGAUGUACCAAAGUGUGAGACGAGAUGCAGUUAAUAUGGUUCCGUGGUAA